AUGUCAGCAGCCCUGGAUGAGUUCUGUGGCUCCGUCUUUUGGGAGUGCUGUCUGUUGUGCCAUGAACAGGUGAGAUUCAAGCCAUCUGAAGUGACUUUGAAUCUCUGUCCUUGCUUCCCUCAGAAUGACUCCUACCUUGCUCGGCCAGAUGCUGACCUGCCCAUAUGCUUCCAGCAGACUGUGCUGGUCUGGGUCCCCCUUGGCUUCCUCUGGAUUUUUGCUCCAUGGCAGCUCCAGCCCAUGUGCAAAUCCGGAGCAAAGAAAUCAUCUGUGACUAAACUAUACAUUAUCAAACAGAUGCUGACUACUUUACUCGUGCUGACAGCAGUGGCAGAGUUGGUCCUGGCCUUUGUAGAUGACACACAGCAGGACCCCCUUCCAGCUGUCUGGUACACAAACCCCAGCCUGUACAUAGCCACCUGGCUCCUGGUCCUGCUGAUUCACGAUGCACGACGCUCCUGCGUGCGCAGAGACUCAGCGAUACUUGGCUGCUUCUGGAUACUGUCCCUGCUCUGUGGGAUAUUGCCUUUCCAGUCUCUCGUCCGGAGAGCUCUGCAGGCACCAAUCUCCGAUGUGCCACGGUUUGUCCUUUUCUUCAUCUCCUAUGGGCUCCAGCUACUGCUCUUCAUUGUCUCAGGCUUCUCAGAUGUUGCCCCAGAAACAAAGGAAAUCUGGAAGAAGAACCCAGCAGUGACAGCCUCCUUCCUGAGCUCCAUCACUUUUCAAUGGUACUCCAGCAUGGUCGUCAAGGGCUAUCGCAAGCCUCUGGAGAUAGAGGAUACUUGGGAACUGAAGAGUAAAGACAAGAUUCAGGCCAUUCACAGUGCUUUUGAGAAGAACAUGAAGGCUGCAGUAAGGAAGGCCCAAGCAGAGCUGGAGAAAAGAAAACGCAAGAAAAGACGCCGGGAAGGUGAUCCAGACCAUGGGAACAACCUUAGCAAGGCCCAGAGCCAAGACAUCCUGGUGCUGGAGGAGAAGCCUCCAAAGAGGAAGAAAAGGGGACACAAAGGGGACUCCAGCUCUCAAAAAGAUUACCCUAGGGGUUGGUUGAUGAAAACCCUGGGCAAGACCUUCUGGCAGAACCUUCUACUAGCAGUGGCUUUCAAGCUGGUGAAUGAUGUACUUACGUUUGUCAGCCCUCAGCUGCUGAAGCUGCUGAUCGCCUUUGUGUCAGACAAGGAGUCCUUUGCCUGGCAGGGCUACCUUUAUGCUAUCCUGCUCUUCCUGACGGCAGUGAUGCAGUCCCUCUCCCUGCAGCAGUACUUCACCUUGUGCUUCCAUCUCGGCAUCAGUGUGCGUGCUAGUCUCAUCGCUGCUAUCUAUAAGAAGGCACUCACCAUAUCCAGUGCCACCCGCAAGGAGGCUACAGUGGGAGAGACUGUGAAUCUGAUGUCAGCUGAUGCCCAGAGAUUCAUGGACUUGGCCAACUUCAUUCACCAGCUGUGGUCAUCCCCCCUACAAAUUAUCUUGUCCAUUUUCUUCCUCUGGGAAGAGCUGGGCCCCUCUGUCCUGGCUGGCAUCGCAGUCAUGGUGCUGCUCAUCCCCAUAAAUGCAUUCCUGGUCUCCAAGUCCAGAAACAUCCAGGUGAGAAACAUGAAGAACAAGGAUGAACGCAUGAAAAUAAUGACUGAAAUCCUCAAUGGAAUCAAGAUCUUAAAGCUAUUUGCCUGGGAGCCCUCAUUUGAGAAGCGAGUCAAUGAGAUCCGGGCACAUGAGCUCAAGGACUUGAAGAACUUCAGUUACCUGCAGGCAAUCUCCAUCUUUGUUUUCACAUGUGCCCCCUUCCUGGUCUCCCUGGCCAGCUUCGCUGUCUAUGUGCUGGUGGAUGAGAACAACGUCCUGGAUGCACAGAAGGCCUUCACUAGCAUCUCCCUUUUCAAUGUGCUGCGCUUCCCCAUGUCCAUGCUGCCGCUGGUCCUCUCUUCUGUGGUGCAGGCCAAUGUGUCAAAAGCAAGGCUGGAGCGCUACCUGAGCGGAGAAGACCUGGACACCUCAGCUAUCUACCACAACCCCAUUGCAGGCAGUGCUGUGCGUUUCUCAGAGGCCACCUUUUCCUGGCAGCAGGAUGGCAAUGCUGUGAUAAAAGAUGUCACCCUGGACAUUGCACCUGGGAGCCUGGUGGCUGUGGUGGGGGCUGUGGGCUCAGGCAAAUCUUCACUGGUGUCAGCCAUGCUCGGGGAGAUGGAGAAUAUCAAGGGACACAUCAACAUCCAGGGCUCCCUGGCCUACGUUCCUCAGCAGGCCUGGAUCCAGAAUGCCACACUGAAAGACAACAUCCUUUUUGGGUCAGAACUGGAUGAAGACAGGUAUCAGCAAGUCAUCAAGGCCUGUGCCCUUCUUCCAGACAUGGCACUGCUGCCUGCAGGUGACCAGACAGAGAUUGGAGAGAAGGGCAUUAACCUGAGUGGGGGCCAGAAACAGCGAGUCAGCCUGGCCCGGGCAGUGUACAGCAACGCAGACAUCUACGUCCUGGAUGACCCCCUGUCUGCUGUGGAUGCUCAUGUUGGCAAGUUCCUCUUCGAGCAUGUGCUGGGGCCAAAAGGGCUGCUGAAGAAUAAGACACGGAUCUUGGUGACGCAUGGUGUCAGUUUCCUGCCCCAAGUUGAUAACAUUGUGGUGCUGGUGGAAGGAGCAGUGUCUGAGCACGGCUCCUACAGCACCCUGCUUGCAAACAAGGGUGCCUUUGCCCAGUUCCUGAGCUUGUAUGGCAGCAAGGAGGAGGAUGUUUCAGAGCAAGAUACCACAGCUGUUGCUUUAGCUGGGUGUGAAGAGAAGGGUGAUGAAGACCAUGAACCUUGUGUGGAGGAAGGCCCUGAUGAUGUGGUGACCAUGACCCUGAAGCGAGAGGCCAGCAUCUAUCGGAGAAGUCUCAGUCACAGCUUUAGUAAACGCAGCACCAGUUCCCGCAAAAAGGCCCAGGAAGAGCCCCCCCAGAUGGUGAAGGGACAGAAACUGAUUGAGAAAGAAAAUGUGGAAACUGGCAAGGUGAAGUUCUCCAUGUAUGUGGGGUACCUGCGUGCUGUUGGCAUUUGUUAUUCUUUCUGGAUUGCCAUGGGCUAUGUUGCUCAGUACACUGCCUAUGUGGGCACCAACCUGUGGCUCAGUGACUGGACUGAAGAUGCGAAGCGCUAUGAGAACCAGACAUUUCCUGCGGCGCAGCGAGACAUGCGGAUUGGUGUCUUUGGGGCCCUGGGGGUGUCACAAGCUUUCUUCUUGCUCUUUUCAACUGCCCUGUCUGCACACGGUGCCAUGCGAGCCUCCCAGCUUAUGCAUCAGAGACUGCUCAGCAACAUCCUGCAUGCGCCCAUGAGCUUUUUUGACACGACCCCAACUGGCCGCAUUGUUAAUAGGUUUGCCAAGGACAUCUUCACGAUAGAUGAGACCAUUCCCACGUCCUUCCGUACCUGGCUCAACUGUUUCAUGGGCAUCAUUAGUGCAUUGAUCAUGAUUGCCCUGCCCACUCCAUUCUUCAUUCUUGUUAUGAUUCCCCUGAGCAUCUUCUACUAUUUUGUGCUGCGCUUCUACAUCUCCACAUCACGCCAGCUACAGCGUCUGGACUCUGUCACCAGGUCUCCCAUCUACUCCCACUUUGGAGAGACAGUGUCAGGCCUUCCUGUGAUCCGGGCCUAUGGACACCAAGAACGGUUCCUGAAGCGAAAUGAGGCCACCAUUAAUGUAAAUCAGAAAAUUGUUUACUCCUGGAUCAUCUCAAAUAGGUGGCUGGCCAUCCGUCUGGAGUUUGUUGGGAGCCUGGUGAUCUUCUUCUCUGCACUUCUAGCAGUGAUUUCAAAAGGCACUUUGGAUGGUGGCAUCGUGGGUCUUUCUGUCUCCUCCGCCCUCAACGUGACACAGACGCUGAACUGGCUGGUGCGGGCAUCCUCAGAACUGGAGACAAACAUUGUGGCUGUGGAACGGGUACACGAGUACAUAAAGGUGAAGACUGAGGCUCCAUGGGUGACAGAGAAGCGUCCUCCCCACGGCUGGCCCAGCAAAGGCACGAUCCAGUUUGUUGACUAUGAAGUUCGUUACCGACCUGAACUGGAGCUAGUUCUUCAGGGGAUCAACUGCAAUAUUGAGAGCACAGAGAAGGUCGGGGUUGUAGGCCGGACUGGGGCUGGAAAAUCUUCCCUCACCAGCUGCCUCUUCCGGCUACUGGAGGCUGCUGGAGGGAGAAUCAUCAUCGAUGGGGUGGAUAUAGCAACGAUCGGCCUCCAUGACUUGCGUCAGAACCUCACCAUUAUCCCCCAGGAUCCUGUGCUCUUUACUGGCACCCUGCGGAUGAACCUGGACCCUUUUGACCAGUACACAGAUGAGGAGGUCUGGAAGGCCCUGGAGCUGGCCCAUCUAAAGAAAUAUGCGCAAGAACUUCCUGAGGGCCUGUUGCAUUUUGUGAGCGAGGGAGGGGAAAAUCUGAGUGUCGGGCAGCGGCAGCUUGUGUGCUUGGCCCGGGCCCUUCUCCGCAAAGCCAAGAUCCUCAUCCUGGAUGAAGCAACAGCAGCUGUAGAUCUGGAAACUGAUCAUUUAAUCCAGACAACGAUCCGGAGCGAAUUUUCUGACUGCACUGUUCUGACCAUUGCCCACCGCCUCAACACCAUCAUGGAUAGCAACAGGGUGAUGGUGCUGCAGGCUGGAAGGAUUGUGGAAUUUGACAGUCCUGAGGAGCUGCUCAAGAAGCAGGGCACCUUUUCUGCGAUGGCAAAGGACGCUGGCAUCACGAAUACAGAAUCCACCAUGCUGUAGGCAGAACGGAGCAGUACUCGGUGCGUGUGCGGGCAGCUCCCGCACGCUGGCAGGCACCAGCAUCUCCCUGCAGCUGGGCUGCCCAGGAAUUUCUCUCUGCAACUGGGAAGUGCAGAGGAUGACUUCUCUGUCAGGGGCAGAGCAUUGGACUUCAGUGAGCUGUUAACCUUCAUACCACACCCUGCCUGUUAUGCACCUGCAAGCCUGGAGCUGCAUAAUUUAUUUCAGAACAGAGAAGAAAAGUUAUCUGCAGGCAGGGAGACCACAACC